CAACGUAAGCGGACUUCUGCCAGUCUGUCGUGUAACUCUCUCGAAACAUGAACGAUCCAUCAGUACGUUACUCGCUCGCGGACGUCGCUAAAUACAACGGCAAAAAUGGGACCAAAAUCUGGAUUGUGAUCAACGAUUACGUUUACGAUGUGACGAAUUAUCUUCACCGGCAUCCCGGUGGUGCAGAUUUGCUGGAAGAAUACGCAGGAAGAGAUGCAACGAACGAAUUCGACGAGUUUGGUCAUUCCUCAGACGCAAGGAAAAUAAUGAAAGAGUUUUUAAUUGGUGAGCUAGAGGAUGAAGAUAAACGAGCUAAUAGAAAAAAAAAGCAAGUCUCUAGCGGAGCGAUAGCGGGAGAAACGUAUAAGCAGAAACGAAGAGGCUUCUUGGCGGUUCUCUGCGGCAAAUGCACAUCUUGAAAACUCCGUCGAUGAUCGUUGCAAUCAUCGUUUUUAGAGAUAUCGUUGACGCGCGA